ACAAACGUAAGACAUGUCGUCUAUUACUAGAAUCUUACGAUUUAUAAAAAGAUUAGCACCAAACCCCGCCAGUUCACUUUAGAUUUGUGGAGUAACGUGCGUUGACCAUAACUCAAAAGUCAUGGCGGAUGAUUUAAGCAAGGAGCAAAUUGCUCUUCUGAAAAAUGCCUUCGACACUUUUGAUGUCGAGAAGAAGGGUAGCAUUGGUACAGUCAUGAUUGGUACUAUUCUUGGAAUGUUAGGAAUCCAUACUACAGACGAGAUGUUGAAUGAAAUCAUUUCUGAAGUAGAUGCUGAUGGAUCUGGAGAGUUGGAGUUCGAAGAAUUCAUAACCUUAGCUUCAAGGUUUAUGGUGGAAGAAGAUGCUGAAGCUAUGCAACAGGAACUCAAAGAAGCCUUCAGGUUAUACGAUAAAGAAGGAAAUGGGUACAUCACCACUAAAACACUGAAGGAAAUCCUGAAGGAACUUGACGACAAGUUGACUAACGAUGAAUUAGACAUGAUCAUCACAGAAAUCGACACAGACGGAUCUGGAACUGUUGACUUCGAUGAAUUCAUGGAAGUUAUGACUGGAGGAGAUGAUUGAGAGCAAGAAGCUUCCUACCUAUACAGUAUUAUUAUAUUUGCUCACCAUUCACCAAAAUAUAAUUUAUUUUUCUUGUUAGCCCUCAAUACCUUGUAAUGUUAUGAUUGUCUCAAUAAAUAUUAUAAGA